CCCCAGUGUUAAUCUGCAUUCAGACUGAGGCUUCACUGGCUUCCUUGGCUUCUCGAUAGCGGAGCAGCUUAUUUCUUGGGGCUUCGCUGUUUUGUGACAGUCUUGUAGGCCCCUGCCAGGCUGUCGAAUCGGCAACACACACACGCACAAACACGGCUGAUAAGAAACCAAGCUUUCGACUCGCGUCGAUUUUGUUUUGGCUGAUUUCACACCAGCGCGCGCUCGCCUCAAGUCUAGAUACGCAGAACGGCUACUGCUAACGUGCGUAAUGUAUCGUAGAGAGGAAACACAGUAAAUAGACGGACACGUCCAUCUGCAAGAAAGAGGAAACGAAGAUGGUGAUGAUGGCUUCGCCAAAAUCAGCCUUCAAAUGCUCGAUACCAAUGGCGAAGCCUUCCCUCCCGUUGAAGCUGCUUUUCUGGGUGUUUAUUGUCGUUAAUCACUCUACAAGUUCCCUCCAAAGUGAUGACGAUGAUGAGGUGUCUAACAAGACGUGGGUGCUGACUCCCAAAGUGUAUGAGAGUGAUGUCACACACAUCCUAAACAGCCUACUAGAUGGAUAUGACAACAAACUCAGACCUGACAUUGGAGUCAAGCCAACAGUGAUCCACACAGACAUGUUUGUCAACAGCAUUGGCCCAGUAAAUGCCAUCAAUAUGGAAUACACCAUCGACAUCUUUUUUGCUCAGACCUGGUACGAUAGAAGAUUAAAGUUCAACAGCACAAUGAAGGUUCUACGUCUCAACAGCAACAUGGUUGGAAAAAUAUGGAUCCCAGACACUUUCUUUCGCAACUCAAAGAAGGCUGAUGCCCACUGGAUCACCACACCCAAUCGCAUGCUUAGGAUAUGGAAUGAUGGCCGGAUACUUUACACCCUAAGGUUGACCAUCGAUGCUGAGUGCCAGCUUAAACUGAACAACUUCCCUAUGGAUGAGCACUCAUGUCCCCUGGAGUUUUCAAGCUAUGGCUACCCCAGGGAGGAGAUUGUGUACAAGUGGAAAAGGAGCUCAGUGGAGGUUGGGGACAUUCGCUCCUGGAGGCUCUACCAGUUCUCCUUUGUGGGCUUGAGGAACACCACUGAGAUUGUGAGGACUGUCUCGGGAGACUAUGUGGUGCUGACUGUCUUCUUUGAUCUGAGCAGGAGAAUGGGUUACUUUACAAUCCAAACCUACAUCCCAUGCACACUUAUUGUUGUCCUCUCUUGGGUUUCAUUUUGGAUCAACAAGGAUGCAGUACCUGCCAGGACAUCAUUAGGCAUUACCACAGUGCUGACCAUGACCACAUUGAGUACUAUUGCCAGGAAAUCUCUUCCAAAAGUUUCCUAUGUGACCGCCAUGGACCUGUUUGUGUCUGUCUGCUUCAUCUUCGUCUUCGCUGCACUUAUAGAGUAUGGCACACUGCACUACUUUGUCAGCAACAGAAAGCCGAGUGCCAAAAAGGACAAGAAGAAGAAGAAUCCGCUCCUCCGGCUCUUUUCCUCAAAGCAGACACCCACGGUGGACAUUCGUCCACGCUCGGCCACCGCCAUUCAGAUGAAUAACGCCACACACAUGCAGGAGCGAGACGAGGAAUACGGCUAUGAAUGUCUUGAUGGGAAGGACUGCACUAGCUUCUUCUGCUGUUUCGAAGACUGCCGUUCUGGAGCCUGGCGGCACGGCAGGUUGCACAUUCGCAUCGCCAAGAUAGACUCUUAUGCACGCAUCUUCUUCCCCACUGCAUUUGCUCUCUUCAACCUGGUCUAUUGGGUCUCCUAUCUCUAUCUCUAGGCGCGGGUGUGUAUCCAGCCUUAUCAUACAGUCCAUUACAGUCUACGUAUGCUCUGCGCCAACAAGUGACAUUACAGAGGAGGGGACCCACUGAAAUACCCAGAGAUUUGAUUAUAGCAUUUCUUCUAUUUCCUUUGUUUUGAUCCAAUUAAAUCUUGUUUAUUUUAUCAAAGAACUCUGACAGACAUUGCAAAUGUUGUAGCAUUACAUUUAACUGAUGUGAAAAAGGUUUAUACAGUAGAUGUGUUGAGAAACUAUAGAUUGUGUAAUAGAUCAAAGUUUUGUUUCAUUUUCACCAUUUUAUUUUUUUUUAAUUUUAAAAUUGACAUAUGUCUUUUCAAUAGGAGUUUUAUUACAUUAAAAAACAGCCAUUCCACAGUAAACAAAUAGGUAAUAAUUCAGAUACCGUCACAUUCACCAGAAAAAGUCCAUUGGUUUGUAGGAGACAGUUAAAAAUAAGAAACACUGAUCAGACUGCUUCACAGAAUUCAAAGUGAAAUUGAUGUAUUGUUGCAAUUCGUUGUAAGCAACAAAUCGGUAAAAACAAAAAGAUUGCGGCCAGUCGCGUUUAUGAUGAGUAAUAAUAAACAAUCUCUGUUGCACUGACUGUCUUUUUAUCUUUAUGGUUUUUUGUUCUCUAAAAAACAAAAUCUGAAGCACUUUAAGAGAGCUGUUAGAUAGUGACAUGAGAAUUCAUUUUGAGUAUUACUAUUAAUUUAUUUUUUUUAGCUAAUAUUAUACAUUGCAUUUUUCAUGUGUGGUCAGAGUGUGGUGAAGCUGUUUAUGGACAAUACCUAACUGUACAGACACUGUAUAUAUUUUACUAUUGCAUAGUGGUUUACAUUUAUUGCAUGCACCUUUCAGGCCAAAAAUCAACUUAUUUUAUGGUCUUCUGCUGUUGGCUAUGGAAACUAAGCACUAAUAAUUAUCAUUCAGGAUACUGUUUUUGUUUUUAUUGUUUUUCUUUUUAUAAAAAUUGAAAAAUGACAUGUUAAAAAAAAUGGUCCCAGUUAAUUGUUUUAAGUUAAGGAAUCACUCAUGAACACUGAAAGAUCAGCCCAGUAUUCCUGGGCAGAAAACUGGUAUAAUCAUUUUCUUUGCAAUCACAACCUUACAGCAUACACAACACUGACCCUUCAUCCCCUUCUCCAGUUGCUGUUAAAAGUGCACAUUUGCAAAAUGACACCAUGUUAUUGUGUUUUAGUUAUGCAAGUUGUCUCAAGAGAAACUGUACUUAAACUUAGAUGCCAUUACACAGAGUUAUCGCUUUUUGCCCUUUACUUUGUCAGAGUGGUAACUACAGCAGCAUAAUCAGAGGCUGAGGAUACUUAAACUAAUCUACAAUUCUGUGCAUAUGUCAGUACACACAGCUGUAGGGCAUUUUGCAAUAUUUGCAGUUUAAGAGUUCAUUCUCAUGUUAUUCUUCUAAGAGUAAAAGAAAAAAACGAGGGUUUUAUUCAAGUGUAAGAACAGAUGUGACCCUUUUCAUCAUGCAUCUCAACUUCCUGACUUUGAGAAGAAUCACAUUGAAUCAUUCACAGUGGGAAGAUAUAUUCAAAAGGCUGGGAAGAAGUCCGAUAUUCUUUCAUCUUUUUUUUUAUUUACUUUUUUUUAUUCUUCCAUUAAAAAAAAUGUCUAAAUGUAUAGAGAGCAGAAAAUAAAUUCACGGUUUCUGAACUGUAAAUGUUAUGUAUGAUACCAUACAAUCCACACGAAUCCCUUACAGAUCAGUUUUGAAAAACACCAGUGUGCAACUAUUGGAGAGCUCAUUGAUUAUGUACAUAAAUUAUCAAUAAAAAACUGGUCAAGCCCUUGGGAUAUUUUGUAAAGGGUAUAUAUUUUGUAAUUUCAGCAUUGUUAUUAUAUCAGCGUAAAGUAUAUCACACCUAUUGUAUUAUGGUUGGACCGACCAUGUAGAAUAUUUGGGGGUGAUGGGGUAUUUAUUUAUUUAUCUUUUGCUGGUAUUUAUUUAUUUCUUAAAAGAAAAUGCAUUUUAUGCUCAUAUAGCCCCUGAAAAGAAACGCAGAAUGCUGUCGUUUAUAUCAAAGAUACAUUUUUGUUUAGUAUGUCAAUGGAGCUUGAGCUUAUUUAUCUUGUGUUUUGUUGUGAUCAAUGUACACUGCUCUCACAAAAGCCUGUCAAACUGUUAUAUUUGUUAAAUUAGUGGCUUGCUGCAUUACCUGUUGUGCAUCUUCUGAGUAGUAUACUUUAUUUAAAUGAAAAAAAAAAUAUAUAUAUAUAGAAAUAUAUAAAAACAGUUCCCAAGCCACCAGAAGAAGAACAUUCGCUUGUCUAAAUGACUAUUAAUUACGUUCACUUUUCCAACCAUCACGUUGGUUUGCUUUGGUCUUGACAUUUGAAAUGAAUAAAGCAUCUCUGGUUAUACAAACAUAUGUAUUUACCAGAUUAUGUCAUAUUUCUUAGAGAUCUUUCCCUUUUGUAUGAAAUGGUUGUCCUGUUGUGUUACAAAGCUACCACUUAGUAGUCUGAAUCUGUCUUCAGUGUAUACAUAUGCUGUUUCUCACAUCUUUAGGGUUGCCAAGUGUGUCAGUAGCAAUCUAAACUGCUCCUCAUCAGUGUUUGUUUAAAGAAGUGAAAUGGAGUGACUACAUCUUAUAAAGUGCCAAACUGACACACAGUGAAUAGAGAAUAUCUAACUCAUUUGUGAAUUAUCAUAUACUACUUUGUAAAAGAACAGAUGUGAUAAAAGGAAAUGCUGCCCUGCAGAAUGGACUGCAGGUGCCUUGGAAUUGUAUUUUUUUUUUUCUUGGUUGUUUGUUUUCUAUUUGCUUUUAGUUCAAAUUCAACAUGGUGCCGAACAGAAAGCAUCAGCUAUGCUCAAAUGAACACAAAACAAAUAAAAAUUAAAUGCUGUAUCAGGGUAGAAUGGAAAUUAUUUGACUGUGUGACACAUACUGACGAUAACUACAGCAUGUCCGGUGUUUUACGAGAGGGUCAGAAAACAAAUAUGAUAUUUUUCCAUGAUAAAUCCUUGUUUUAUUAUUGAUUUAUUUUAUUUGUGAGUGCGCUACAGAAUAUGUAAAGAUAUAAAGUUGUACGGGAGGUACUCCAGUGUGUUUAUUCUCAAUAGCGUGCAUGUUGAAUAUGUUUGCAGUUAAGCGGGGAUGAUUUGAGGAAUUGGGACUCACUUGUCUGCAGGCGAAUCCGUAAUCCUUUGCCUGCAUUUACAUGGACACUUAAUACUGUACUUAUUUUUGAUGUGAUUUUAUUUACCCACAAAUGAGACAUAUAUGUGAACAGCACAUGUAGAUAUUUUCUAUUGUUAUGUAUUUUGUCAAACUGCAAAAAAUAAAAUAAGCACUGGAAUCACAGAGCCCAGUAAAAAGGCAUACUAAGGCAAAAAUAAAUUUCAUAUGAUUCAAAUAUAUACAGUAUGCUAGUUGUCUGCUAUCUAUGUAAAGUUGGUUAUUGUAUCAAAUGGGCACUGAUCAAUUCUGUUAGGAUCUGCAUAAUGAAUCAUACAUGUCAAGAUAAAAGUCCUUUUCAUAAAAAAAUUACACAUAGGUGUGGAAUUUUACAAUAAAAUGGUCGCAUUUAUCAGUG